UUCAGUGGGUCGCCAAGAGAUAGGCUUGUCGUUGUACGCCGAUGCGAUGAGAUGCAGGCAGGAGUGGUGAACUGAGAGUCCCAGAUCUGAGUCGAUCCCCACUUGACCACUGUUCUCGGGGGUACUCAAGUUUUUGAGGUAGAAUUGUCUCCUCCACCGAGGACGGGACGGGAUGGACUGUAUUGCCCAUUUUUCUGUUGAUUCUUCAUCACCCUGAAACCAUUAGGAAAAAUCCUUGUGGUUAACAGCAGAGGCUUCAGAGUGUAACCUGUACUCGGGCCUAGAAAUUAUUUUAAAUGGCAACUGAUACGUCUCAAGGUGAACUCGUCCAUCCUAAGGCACUCCCACUUAUAGUAGGAGCUCAGCUGAUCCACGCAGACAAGUUAGGUGAGAAGGUCGAAGAAAGCACCAUGCCGAUUCGUCGAGCUGUGAAUUCUACCCGCGAAACUCCACUCAAAAGCAAACUUGCUGAAGGAGAAGAAAAGCCAGAACCAGAUGUAAGUUCAGAGGAAUCUAUCUCCACUGUAGAAGAACAAGAAAAUGAAACUCCGCCUGCUACAUCUAAUGAGACAGAACAGCCCAAGGGAGAACCUGAGGUUGAAGAGAAGGAAGAAAAUAAGUCUUCUGAAGAAACCAAAAAGGAGGAGAAAGAUCAGUCUAAGGAAAAGGAGAAGAAAGUGAAAAAAACGAUACCUUCUUGGGCUACUCUUUCUGCCAGCCAGCUAGCCAGGGCCCAGAAACAAACAACGAUGGCUUCCUCACCACGUCCCAAGAUGGAUGCAAUUCUAACUGAGGCUAUUAAGGCAUGCUUCCAGAAGAGUGGUGCAUCAGUGGUUGCUAUUCGAAAAUAUAUAAUCCAUAAGUAUCCUUCUUUGGAGUUGGAGAGAAGGGGUUAUCUCCUUAAACAAGCACUAAAAAGAGAAUUAAAUAGAGGGGUCAUCAAACAGGUAAAAGGAAAAGGUGCAUCUGGAAGCUUCGUUGUGGUCCAGAAAGCAAGUAAAACAUCUCAGAAAUCCAGAAACAGAAAGAAGAGGAGCUCUGCAGUGGAUCCAGAACCACAAGUGAAACUGGAGGAUAUCCUCCCACUGGCCUUUACUCGCCUUUGUGAACCUAAAGAAGCUUCCUAUAGUCUUAUCAGGAAAUACGUGUUUCAGUAUUACCCUAAGCUUAGGGUGGACAUCAGGCCUCAGCUGUUGAAGAAUGCUCUGCAGAGAGCAGUAGAGAGAGGCCAGUUAGAACAAAUAACUGGCAAAGGUGCAUCUGGGACAUUCCAGCUGAAGAAAUCAGGGGAGAAACCCCUGCUUGGUGGAAGCCCAAUGGAAUAUGCAAUCUUGUCUGCCAUUGCUGCCAUGAAUGAGCCGAAGACCUGCUCCAUCACUGCUCUGAAGAAGUAUGUCCUGGAGAACCACCCAGGGACCAAUUCUAAUUACCAAAUGCAUUUGCUGAAGAAAACUCUGCAGAAAUGUGAGAAGAAUGGGUGGAUGGAGCAGAUCUCUGGUAAAGGAUUCAGUGGCACCUUCCAACUCUGUUUUCCUUAUUACCCCAGCCCAGGAAUUUUAUUUCCAAAGAAAGAGCCAGAUGAUUCUAAAGAUGAGGAUGAGGAUGAGGAUGAAGAUGAAGAUGAGUCAUCAGAAGACUCUGAGGAUGAAGAACCACCACCUAAGAGAAGGUUGCAAAAGAAAACUCCAGCCAAGUCCCGAAGGAAAGUGGCACCCAUGAAGCAGAGAGGGUCAAAGCCUGCACCUAAAGUCCCAGCUUCCCAGCGAGGCAAAGUUAGACCCCUGCCCAGGAAAGCUCCUCCUCCUAAGGCCAAAACUCCUGCCAAGAAAGGCAGACUCUCAGCCUCAGUCAUCAAGAAACGUAGUGGUAGCUCCUCAAAGAAGCCGGCAGCCAGUGUGGUGAGAAAGGAAGUAAAAUUACCUGGCAAGGGUAAAUCCACCAUGAAGAAGUCCUUCAAAACAAAAAAGUAAAUUUUAUAGCAAGAAAAGGUAUCAUGAUAAAGUUCAAAAUCUUAUUUUAUAAGGUCAGUGUGCAUUUGUUUUUAGUUUUGAUGCUUAUAAAAUUUCUUUUUCCUCCCAUAUGAACAUUGCAGGGAGGGAAUAUAACCAAUUUAGGCAUUUGUUAGCUUUAGGUGCUGUUUUUGGUGCCUACCCCUUCCCCAAUCAUAUUAAUUUCUGCCAUAAUCUGGGACUCUCCUGAACUAUAUAAUCUUUUUGUCCCUCCUACCCAACCUCUUUUUUUUUUUUUUUUUUUAAUGGUAAUAAGCUUUGGUGCCUCUCUCCUCCUCUGGCUCUUGCUGUUCCCCAUCUUAUAAAAGUUACUUCACUAACCCUCUCUCUCCAACUAUGAACAGAGACAACUUAGCUUUGGAAAUAACCUGAAAAUAUUGUGAUCACCUUUGUUUCUGAGGAUGCACGACUGUUUUGGGCCUCUUCACAUUGACAAAGUUACAGGAAUUGUUCUCUGACCCAGAGCAUUGCAUUCCCUUCACAGCAAGCACAAGAACUCUCUACUACUUGGUUCUGACUGCAGGGGAAAUACAAGAAUAUUGUGAAUCCAGUUUCCAGUGUCACCUCUGUUACCAAAAAUCAAAAAAACAAAACCUUCUUGAUCAGAUGUUUAAAUAUAUUUUUUAGUAUUUGAAGCAUGAGUUGUCACUGUUUGCCUUUUUUAUGAGGAAGUAUUGGAGAGUUACAAAUGUAGAAAUGUUAAGUGGAAAAACAUACGGUUUGCUUAAAUAAAAUAGAUUCCAGAUUCAUCUGUGGAUUUUUUUCCCCUUUCUUUCGAAAACACUUUUGAUAUCAAUUAAUUGGCUUCCUUUUUCAGAUAUUUUAAAGAAAAAGAAAAGCAAAUGAAGCCCUACUACCUAACCCUUUUUUAUUUGUGUUUGUUUUAGUAUUGUGAAGUUGUGUUAAAAUAGUACUAGCUUUCUACUCAAGAAAUACCAGUUUUCUGGUUGUUGUUUCUCUUCCCUGUGGCACUUGACAUAUUAAUUGUCUUAACUCUUUGGCGUACUUCUGGGCCCUGAGGGCUGCCAGAAUCAAAAGGUGUUUGUUUCCUACUCAUUCCACUUGCAUUGUCUGCUGGGAUCCCAUCUGCAGCUUGAGUGUGGCUGAGAAAUGGACUUGAGAAGAUUGGCUUGGAUUAGAUCAUAAUCAUGUGUGAUCCCGUCAUGCAUUUGUUGGAAUUUGUGUUGCAUGUAAGGCAAUCUUUCCUGUUGUAAAUCUUCCUUUUUUUAUGUACAUAUAUUUUGAAAAAUAUGAAUAAACAUGAAAUUUUAAAAGCU